CUCCUGGGCAGCAGAGCUUGUGCCCACAUGGCAGCAGCUGCCUGGGCCAGUGCCUUUCUCUAUUCACUGCUGCACACAGCCAAUACAUUUUCUCUGCCCCUGUGCCAUGGCAAUGUCCUGGGCCAGUUCUUCUGUGAAAUUCCCCAGAUCCUCAAGCUUUCCUGCUACAAAUCCUAUCUCAGGGAAUUUGGGCUCAUUGCAGUUAGUGUCUGUUUUGGUUUUGGCUGUUUUGUGUUCAUUGUUUUCUCCUAUGUGCAGAUCUUCAGGGCUGUGCUGAGGAUCCCCUCAGAGCAGGGACGGCACAAAGCCUUUUCCACCUGCCUCCCUCACCUGGCCGUCGUCUCCCUGUUCCUCAGCACUGCAGCAUUUGCACAUCUGAAGCCCCCCUCCAUGUCUUCCCCAUCCUUGGAUCUGGCCCUGUCAAUUCUGUACUCGGUGGUGCCUCCAGCCCUGAACCCCCUCAUCUACAGCCUGAGGAACCAGGAGCUCAAGGCUGCAGUGAGGAGACUGAUCACUGGAUGCUUUCAGGAACAUUAAAC